GUUCGCGACCAACACAUCACUACUUUACUGAGCUCAAAGAAGUUUCAGCUUCUCUCCAACUAAAGUAACGGCUGGUGGAGUUAAAGCGUUAUUUUAAUGUUUCCUCUCGUUUAGACCACAGAGACCUAACUUGAGGACUUGAGUGUUGGUUUAUUCUGCUCUUUUUGUCAGUAAGUGUUAAUAGAAAUAAACAUCCAGCUGAAAUCUGGGAGAGCCGAUGGAGAGCAGUUUGUAUGGAUACAGAUGAGGCACGAUGCUAACCAGCUAGCUACUAAGGAAAUGGUGAGUGUCAACAUUAUCCACUGAAGAACAGCAACAGGAAGUCGAUCCACUGACAUGGAGGGCACCGGAGAGAUCAGUGACACUGACAGCGGAAUCAUCCUUCAUUCAGGCUCUGACAGCCCAAUGACACAUACGAAGGAUGUGACCACGCACACACGGGCCAUGAAGCUCAAACACCAGGCUCUACAAGAGCGACUGGAGCUCUGCGUACUGGAGCUGAAGAAACUCUGCAUCCGAGAAGCUGAGUUGACAGGCCGACUGCCAGAUGAUUACCCUCUGAUGCCAGGAGAGAAGCCUCCGCAGAUUCGCAGACGUAUUGGAGCUGCGUUUAAAUUCGACGAUCAAAGCUUCCCUCGAGGAGCAGAGGAGUCAGAACUGAGUUUGGUGGAUGCCGAAUUGUCACUUCAGAUGAAGAUAUAUGAGGCAGCACGCAGGCUCUGUGAGGAGGAUCACCUGAGUAAGGCUGUCAGAAAGAGCCGGAUACAGCAGUGCAAGAGAGAGGAGAAGAAAGUCAAACGGCUGCAAGAGUCGGCCUUUCAGCUACGACUGGAGCACGGUCGAUCAUCACCACUCCCUGCUUUUAAUAUUGCACAACACGAUCUGGGUACAUCUGACGACAGCUCUCUGUCUGAUUCUGUAGUUCAAGAUGAAGAAGUGACAAGUCAGUCUUCACAGCUGUCCUCAGGACUCCCCGAUCCAGGAGAGACCGAUUCUCCCCAGCGUCCUCCUCUGUCCUCACAGUCCUUCUCGAACGGCUCCUACUUGUCUCCAUCUGUGGAUCCACGGAACCUGCCGCUGACUCCAAUCCAGUCUCCCCAUCCGAGCCUUGACUCGAGUUUUAGCUCGAGCCCCAUAUGUGACCUUCCUCCCAUCCAGCACUCCCCGUGGUCGGAAUCCAGUCUCGACAAACCUUACCAGAAGAGCAAGAAGUCGCGCUCCUCCAGCAAGACAAGUAGUCCAGCCAAAAGUGAAUUGUUGCCACCGUUGGAGGCUUGCUUUGCUGCCCAUCUGAAGCUCGGACGCUCCCAGUCAAACAGCACGCCUUCCACGCCAGAGAUGCGAGUGCACAGACAACUCUCUCUCAGGGUAUCCAACCCUGAAUCUUCAUAUGAAAAGGACCGUGGUCGCCCCAGAGGUCCAAGGAGGCGACUGACAGAAUAUGCGAUAACUUUACCAGCGACACCUCCCCCCGUGGUGAACUAUGGAAACCAUAUUAACUCUGAGGAUAGCAACUCUGAACACUCGUUUACAUCUUACAACAGCUCACCCUGUCAGGAGUUUCCCUGUGAUUCGCCCAAACAAUAUCCGUCUGCAUUCCAGCACUCUAGCCCAGUUGGCAGCUAUGGACCUCAAGCCUUCCCACGCACUGGCUUUUACCAUAAUCCCAGGAACCAGUCCAGCCCCAGUUUUCCCAAAGCCUAUUACAAUGAAGAAGUGGUGUACCAACCUGAGCUGGACUUGGCACGGAGCUAUUACGUCCAGCAGGCUCCCUGUCCUCCCAACAGAUAUGAGUAUUACUACAAAGACGCUGCUGUGCCCCACCAGAGAGCACAGAGGCCUUUACCUCCUGAUAUCAGACUCUCCCCCUCCCCGGCUCAAUGGGACCAUCCACACUACCGCCCCAGUGGCCUCCCACAACAAGUAGUGAACGAACAGCUCAAGUCAUGGCACCGGCGCAGUCAGCUCAAAUCCCCCAGGUCCCGCUCGCUUGACAGACAGGGAGCAGUCAGAGUUAAAAACAUAUCCGCUCGGGAGGCAACCUUCCACCAAAAUCAGAAGUACCACGAACAGGUUAUCCAAAGAAAGGCUUUAAGAGUUGGAGAUGACACCCAAGGUCACUGGGUAGAUGAUGGCGCUCACUUUGUAAGUCAAGUGUAAACCAAAGACCACCUUGGACCGCAAACUGAACAUGUCAAGUCAGGCUGCAACUGCAUUCAUUCCCAAUAAACCAAAGAGAAGAAGUGGACAGAAAAUCAAGUCAAAUGAACUGUUUAUGCCCAUAAAAAAACACUUUUUUUCAUGAUUCCUGUUUCCCUGUCUGCCUGCCUGUAUGUGGGCAUAUAAAGGGAGGAUGAAAAAACUGGAAUGUCUUACUGCAAUCUAGUACAAUGAUAACACUUUGGUGGCCAAAGUUGAAUCAAACACCUCUCUGACAGUCACAGCAAAAUUGGUCACAAAAUGGCACAUCUGUAAAGGUUACCCGUUGUUUUUGUCCACUCUCUGUAUGUUGUUUGUUACUAACAGUUACAAAUUGAACUGAAUGCUAGUUACUGUAAAUGUUACAGAGCGCUGUUUUUACCUGUGACUGUUGUUUGUGAACAAGGUGUAUAAAGAGCUGUAAAUCUGCCAGCUCAAAACUGGUCAUUCGGUUUCUCAAAAAACAGAUAUCAUCAGCAUUAGGGCUGGAUAUUGUUUACAAAAUGAUGAUAAAUUUACCAGUAACAGUACCCUUAAAAUGAUACCGAUACCAAAAGA